AAAAGGUAAAAUAGUAUCAAAUUCAAAUUAUUCAAAUUUCAACCGUUAGAUUUAAAACUCAGUUUCAAAUCUAAGAAAUAUCCACCGUUUAUUUUCCAUAUUCUCUCUCUUCAAGAGUUCAAAAUGCUCAAACUACACAGAGUGAACUGAAGAAAAAUGUCUCAGAGGAGAGAGAAAGAGAGGAGAGAGAAAAUAGAAGAAAAUUAAUGUAUACUUCUUUAGUUCACGGGAAAAAGAAAACAAAAACCACGAAUUUCUUCAUUUGUUUGUUGAAUUUUUUCUCAGAAUUUGUGUACAUUAUACUUUAAACAACAACAAUUUCAGGAGUUCGAUUUCGUGGUUUACAAAUUUUGUUUCUGAAUUCGUCUGUCAGGAUGUUGAGGGAUUUCAAAUUUAUGCGGCGUAAUUCUGGGAAAAAUCAAGAUAUAGAGGAAAUUGAGAAUGUACCUAUAAACCCUAACGAUUCAUCAUCUAAUGUAACGAAUUUAGAUUCUUCUAGAGCUCCAUUGCAUGCGAUACCUGAACUAGUUCAAAACCCUAAAAAGUUAGGUUUAGAUCAUGAAGUGAGUGGUAAGAGUAAAUUUGAGAGAACACCUAUUAAAUCUAAGAGUAAAGGUUGUGAUACACCGAAUUUGCCGCUUCGUACCCCGGAAAGGCAAGGGAAUGGAACAUUAGGGAGGAAGAGGUUCGGGUUUUCGGGUGUGAGUGAUGAAGGGAGGACUGAGAUGAGUAGUUAUGUGAGCCAAUCUGGCAGAAAUGGGAGUUCUUUGAAUUUGACGCCUAGAGUUAGUGGACCUUCUGGGAGUAGUUCAGUUCAGACUACACCAACUAAGAGUGUGAGCAAGCCACCCAAUCAUGGGUAUGCACCAUUGAGCAGCUCUCGUCAUCCGGGGAAUGGUAGUGCUCGUGUUGGGAAUUAUGCCGCGCUUUCUAGGGGGUUUUCGGCUUCUGGUGCUCAGCAUUGUGUUGUUAAUACUGUUGAAGUUUCACAUUUUGAUCUCAAAGAGGAUCCAUCUUUCUGGAUGGAUCACAAUGUACAGGCUAUAAUAAGGGUACGUCCCCUCAACAACGUUGAAAGAAAUAUGCAAGGGUUCAAUAGGUGUGUGAGGCAGGAUAGUUCACAGAGCAUUACCUGGAUUGGGCAACCAGAAACUCGAUUCACAUUUGACCAUGUAGCAUGUGAAACGGUUGAUCAGGAGAUGCUCUUUAGGAUGGCUGGUCUACCAAUGGUAGAGAAUUGCUUAUCAGGAUAUAAUAGCUGCAUGUUUGCCUAUGGGCAGACUGGAAGUGGCAAGACUUAUACAAUGCUAGGGGAAAUGGAGGAUUUGGAGUUCACGCCUAGCUCCCAUCGUGGGAUGACACCAAGAAUAUUUGAAUUCUUGUUUGCUAGAAUGAGAGCGGAAGAGGAAAGCCGAAGUGAUGAAAAAUUGAAGUACAGUUGCAGGUGCUCUUUCUUAGAGAUCUAUAAUGAGCAAAUUACAGAUCUUCUUGAUCCAUCAUCGACAAAUUUGUUGCUUCGUGAAGACGUUAAGAAUGGUGUGUAUGUUGAGAAUCUCUCAGAAUUUGAAGUUCACACAGUAGGCGAUGUCCUGAGACUUCUAAUUCAGGGUUCUGCAAACAGGAAAGUUGCAGCUACAAACAUGAAUAGAGAGAGUAGUAGGUCUCAUAGUGUAUUCACAUGUAUAAUUGAGAGUAAGUGGGAAAGAGAUUCAGCAACAAAUCUACGAUUUGCUAGAUUAAAUCUUGUUGAUUUGGCUGGUUCAGAAAGGCAGAAAUCGUCUGGUGCUGAAGGUGAACGAUUGAAAGAAGCUGCAAAUAUCAACAAAUCCUUGUCAACAUUGGGUCACGUAAUUAUGCUACUAGUGGAUAUUGCACAAGGGAAGCCAAGGCAUGUUCCUUACAGAGAUUCAAGGCUUACCUUUCUUCUUCAGGACUCCCUUGGUGGUAACUCGAAAACCAUGAUAAUUGCCAACAUCAGCCCUUCUAUCUGUUGUGCAGCUGAAACACUAAACACACUGAAAUUUGCUCAAAGAGCAAAACUGAUUCAAAAUAACGCCGUGGUGAAUGAGGAUUCGUCUGGGGAUGUUGCUAUUCUACAACACCAAAUAUGGCUUUUGAAAGAGGAGCUUUCUGCUUUAAAACAUCAAAAUCUCUCUCGAGCUUUAGCAUUUGAUUCUUCCUAUACAGUGAGAGGCGAGGAAAACAUUGACAUGGAAAAUAGAAAAGAUAAUGAUCAGCCAAAUGCUCAAGACUCAGGCCUACGAGUAUCUUCCAAAAAGUUAAAAUCUAUGGAAUUGAUGCUUGCUGGAGCCUUGAGAAGGGAGCAGAUGGCAGAAAGUUCCAUCAAGAAUCUUGAAGCUGAAAUUGAGCAGUUGAACCGUUUGGUUCGUCAAAGAGAAGAGGACGCUAGAUGCAGUAAAAUGAUGCUGAAGUUCCGAGAAGACAAGAUUCAGAGACUGGAGUCCCUUGUGGGUGAUUUGAAACCUGUGGACACUUAUCUGCUUGAAGAGAAUUCUGCUCUCUCAGAAGAGAUUCAACUGUUGCGAGCUAAAGUUGACAGGAACCCAGAAGUGACCCGGUUUGCUGUGGAGAAUAUCCGACUACUAGAACAACUCAGAAGAUUUCAAGAUUUCUAUGAGGAAGGAGAAAGAGACAUUUUACUGCAAGAAGUAUCUGACCUUCGGGCCCAGCUUGUUCGCUUGCUUGAUAGCCAGCAGCAUAACAAUACAGACAUGGUUCAAGAUGCUCCAGAUAAUAGCAAAGAAACAGAAUCCGUCUGUUCUGAGUUGACUAGUACUUUGAACGAGUUAGCAGAGUGCAAGAGCAAGCUAAAAUCUUGCUUAGAGACCAAUGCAAAACUAAGCAGAGAAAUGGAGGACUUGCAGGUUCUUUUGAGGAAUAAGGAAUCAGAUUCUAAACCCAUGAAGGAAAUGCAAGCACCAUGUACUAGAGCUCAAGCAUUUGAUGGAGAGAGUGAAAGUAAGCAUAGAGACCUGAUGAGACAUUCGGAAGAGAUUGUCAAUUUGGAACUGGAGCUGGAUAUACUUAAAAUAAUUCUAAAAGAAGAGAGGUGUCUGCGUGGAAAAAUGGAGGAAAAGACAUCUUCAUUGGCUAGAAAUGUCCAAUUGGCAGAGGAGGGAGUGAUGUUAAUGAGGAAGCAGUGGGAAGAUGCGAAAGGGGAAUUAAACGAAGCAAAAUCAGUGAUUGAAGCACUUGAGUCUCAACAACUCUUAUCCAUCAGUGAGAUCGAGGAAAUUAAAAUAUGUAACAACCAUUAUUUAGAGAUUCUGAGUCAGCAGGAACAUCAAAUUGCUGCACUAAAAGAACAAAGACAAGGCCGAGAUUCUAUCCUAUCGUGUUCAAAGAACUCCGAAGGUGAAGAUUCUGCGUUACAGUCGCAACUGAAGAGGAUGCAAGCUUCUCUUGAUAAGGCCAAACGACUUAAUACGUUGUAUCGAAGUGAUCAUGCUUCUCAAAUAUCAAAUGAAGAAGAAAUGGAUGAAACACGGCGUCAAGCUGAGGCAGAAACUGCUGAAGUGAUUGUCUGCUUGCAAGAAGAACUCUCUGUGUUUCAGCAGCGUGUGCAAGAUAGUGAACUGAGAGAGAAAGAAGCGGAAGGCAGGCUGCAUAAUUUUGAGAUCAAACUGAAGGAGUUACAGGAAUCUUCUGACAUGAUGUCACAUGAGAAUAAGACUUUACGUCAAAGUCUUCUAGAGAAAAAUAUGGAGAUACAAUCACUGGCAGAAGACUGGGAACUGUUGAGCUGCGAGAUUGAAGAAUCUCUUAUUGAGGGACAUGAUGCUCUUAGAAGUGUCUCUGAUCAACUUGCCUCUGUUUCCCUUUCCAAUAGAAGGGACCGGAUUUCUGAACAAUUAGGCAAAGUAGCCAGACAGAUAUCUGACAAAGAAUCAAUUAUUGAACAGCUUAACAAAUGUCUAGAGGAUGCAAACACAAGAGCCAAUGAAAUGGAACGUAUGUUGAUGUCACUUAGAGGUGCAGCAAUGUUGAUGACCGAGUCUCAUCAACAAGACUGCUAUGAGAAGGAGCAAGAAAUACAGAACUUGAGAGCAGAAUUAAUGGCUCACCACUGUUCUCAGAAGGAAGAGAUCUAUAAGUCUGAGAAAAAGGGCUCUGAAAGCAAAGAAAUUUUGGAAGCUGGAGUGCUUAGCCUUGAAGCAGCUUUCACUAAUUUUCAGAACAAUUGUGAAAGUAAAAUCCUGAGUUUGUAUCAUAAAUUGCACAAGGUUGAAGGAUGUACUCAAGAAGCCAAACGUACUUGGCACCAAAGAAAAGAGGUACUUGAGUUGCAACUGCUAGAUGCUGAAGCAACUACAGCUCAGAAUACAAUGGAGGCGUCUUGCUUCCUUGCUAGGUUUGAAGAAGCUCAAGAUACAAUGAAAGAGGCUGAUAUGAUGAUCAAUGGACUGAUGAUUGCAAAUGAAACAUUGAAGUUUCAAGUUGAAGACCUAACUAGUCAGAGAGACAGGCUAACCGUUGACGUGCAAGGACUGGAAUCUGCUAAUGAAUUGACUGAUCAGACGUGCAGAGAUCUUAAGAAACAACUUGAGUUGGAUAUUUCACAGAAUAUGAGCCUUAUUGAGGAAUUGCAGAGGCUUGUCUCACACGGACAGGUUACAUCUGAAGUGGCAUACAUGUCUCUAACCCAUGAUUUGCACUGUAUGAAGUCCCAGCUUCAUGACGCUGUCAAAUUCAUGCAUUCAUCACUUGAGGACAUUUGGUCACAUAUUCUCAUGAAGGACUGUGCUCUCUCUGUGCUACAUCAUUGCCACAUGGGCGUGUUGUUAGAGGUGGUAACAUCAUUGAAUGCAGAGAAUGGACUUCUUCACCAUGGUAUAUGUGAAUCAAAUGCUGCGAUAUAUAAUUUGAGGGAGCACAACAUGAAAUCACUGGAGGAGCUUGAAAUGUGUCGAAUGCUGAAGGGGAAGUUGUUGGGUGAUUUCAAGAGCAGCUUCGAUCGUAUUUUAAGAAAAGAAGGUGAAACCACAGAGCUCAACUUAAAGCUAGAUCGCUUCAAAGAAAAACUAUUGGCUCUUCAGCAUCAGGAGGAAAUAAUGUUGGAAAGGUCCAACUUCAUGAGUUCUGAGCUUUCCAGCUUAAUGAACGAGUUGGGUCAUAGUAACUCACAGAUGAUUGCAUCCUUUGCAGAGCAAGAGGAGCUUUCGACAAUGGAAUGCUAUGCAAAAGAACUUGAGUUGCUUAUUUUGGCUACAAAACUGCAGGAAGUGGCUGAUGAAAUUGGUGAUAUGCAAAGGGAACAAUUAAAUUCCCAGACAGCUUCGGAAUUCUUGAUGAGAGAGAAUGUUCUCCUCCAGGUAACUGCGGAUUUGCAGGAACAACUCAUGUUUGAAAGAGAAACGGAGGUUAUCUGCAUGCAAAAAAGAGCUGAUGAAGUUAAGGAUGGUGAGGCCAAAGUGUUGUCACAACUCCAAACACUCGAAGCAGAAAACAAGACCUUAAGAGAUCGUUUGAGCUUGAAGGAGAAUGAUUUUGAAAAUGUGCAGAAUGGAAUGUUUUUAUUGCAAUCUUCAUCUCAUGAUCUUCAAGACAAACUAUCGAUCUUAGAAAGGGAGAACGACUCACUGCAAAAUAAAUUACUAGAUCUGACAAAUGAAAAUUGCACUCUGCUGAAAGAUAUCCAAGACAACGACUCUGAUGUUAGGUCAUCUAUGGGCUUUAUUGAUACACUCAAGUCGGAGAAUUGCAGUUUACAAGGAAGUAUUUCUAGUCUGGAGUCAAGAAUUGCUUUCCUGGAAAAGGAUCUGGAGGUGAAAAACGCAGAGCUUGAUGACAUCCAACAUUUCCAUUCUUCUACAGUUCAGGCAUUAUGCAACAAAAGCCAGGAUUUGGAAAGCUACACCAUCAAAGUGAAAAAACUACAGGAAGAGAACCUCAUUUUGAGAGAUGAAAUUCAAUCUCUAGAGCGGAGAAACUUCAAAGCACUUAGCCAUUCCAGUUCAAAGGUUGCUAUGUGUGCCACUUCAAUGGAAACUGCUGAGCUGCAGAGUAACAGGAUGCUUAAACAACUAGAAGAGAAAAUCGGGAUGGUUCUGGAUCAAAUUUCUGAAGAUAAUUGUCAAAACCUGGAUGUGUUGUCAAGGUUCUUAAAGGAGUUGGAGUUCAUAGAUUUUAUUGCAAAAGACUUAGUAUCUCACAACUUGUCCUUACAAGAAGAGUUGCUCAGGAAGGACGAGGUUCUAAACGGAUUGCUGUUUGAUCUUCGCCUCUUGCAAGAGUCUGCUGUCAACAGUAAAGAUCAGAAGGAUGAGAUAGAAGAGUUGGCAGUUAUUUUAGAAUCUACAGAAAGUAAAUUAGCUACAAGAUCGCAAGAACUUGAUGAAGCGGUCACUUAUUACCAAGAACUUGAAGCUAAGGUGAUGAGGCAAGAAGAGACGGUAUCUGCGUUGGAGAUGGACUUGGAAAAGGCCAACCAUUCUGUAAACAUGCUCACUGAUGACAAUUUGAUGCUGAGGUCUCAAGUGGAAGAUAUUAUGGAAGCAAGAAGUUCUUUCGAGAGAGAACUGAGUGAGAAAAAGAGCAUAAUUGACAGUUUGGAAAAUGAAGUACUUGAAAUGGGGAACACUCUAGGUCAUGUGAAUGAUUUAGUUGAAUCUUUGAAGAGCAACUUGGAAGAAGCUAACAAUGAAAAGGACCAGCUUCAGAAGGAUCUACUGAUCCUGGAAGGAAAGUUUGAAACUGCUCAUGCUCUCGCUGAGGAGAAUGAAGCUGUUGCUGCAGAAGCUAAGGAGAUUGCUGAAUCUAGAAGAUUAUAUGCUGAAGAGAAAGAAGAAGAGGUGCAGCUUUUAGAGACAUCCGUGCAAGAAUUAGAUUCUACCAUUAGCGUAUUAGAAAACAAGGUUGAUGUUCUGAAAGGAGAAGUUGAAAAGCAAAGGUUGCAGAGAGAGGAGCUAGAAUUGGAGCUUCAGUCCCUUAAAACCCAGAUGCUUAAUGUUGAGAAUACUGAUGCAGACAUUAAAAGGCAUUUCGAUGAAAAAUCAAAGAAUCUCAGAGAAGCCUCAAUGCGCAUACAAGCUCUUGAGAAAGAUUUGAAAAACAAAGACGUAGAGAUUGCUAAAUGCAAAUCACAUAUCUCGGAGUUGACAUUGCAUGCUGAAGCACAGGCUUCUGAGUACAAACACAAGUUCAAGGAGUUGGAAGCAAUGGUUGAACAGCUUAAGUCAGAAGAUGCAUCGAAUAAGUUGGAGAAAAAUGCUGCUAAAGGAAGGGGUUCUGCUUCCCCUUUCAAAGUAAAGGGUUCAGGUUCUCCCUUCAAAUCAAGGGGUACUGGUUCGCCCUUCAAGUGCAUUGGCUUAGGUUUCAAAUCUGAGAAGGAUGAGGAGUUUAAUGCUGAAAGGCUACGCAUUGAAGAGCUUGAAGCCUUGGCUGCAAGCAGACAGAAAGAAAUAUUCAUGCUAAAUUCAAGGUUAGCUGCUGCAGAUAGCAUGACACAUGAUGUAAUUCGGGAUUUACUGGGAGUUAAAUUGGAUAUGAGCAGUUAUGUGACACUGUUAGAUAAACAGGGAGUUCAAAAGAUAACAGAGAAGGCUCAGCUUAAUAGCAUAGAAUCACAGGACCAGGAGGUGAACAAGCUAAAGAAGCAGCUCAAUGAGUUUAUUGAAGAAAGACAAGGAUGGUUGGAAGAAAUUGACAAAAAACAGGCUGAAGUUGUUGCUGCUCAGAUUGCAUUAGAAAAACACCGCCAGCAAGAGCAGUUGCUCGCCUCAGAAAAUGAAGAAUUAAAGAUGGAGAUACAAAAUCAUGAGAAGAGAGUGAUGGAGCUUGAAGGAGAGGUGAAAAAGUUAUCUGGUCACCAGAACUUCCACCAGCGUAUACACCAUCAUGCCAAAGUCAAGGCAAAGAACAAUGUGUUGAAAGUCCAAAAUGAAGACCUUUGUCAUAGAUUACGGCGAGCUGAAUCAUUUCUCUCGCGUGUCAAGGAAGAACUUGCUCAUUAUCGUGCUUGCAACGGAAGAAGUCCUUACGUUCAUCUUGAUGAGGAGCAAAUACUAAAGAACAAAGUAAAGGAGUGUGAACAGGAAAAGUUACAUUUAGCACAGACAUUAUUUGCCUUGUGUACAAACAUUUUAAAGGCUGCAGGUGUUACAAAACAAGCAUCUGAAGUUGACCUUCAUUCAGCAGAGCAAGCACUACAGGAGCUAGCAGCUCGAGUGAUCUCAUUGGAGAGAGAGUUGGAAGAUUUGAAAGUGAAGCAUAGAAUCACCAAUGAACGAAUCCGGUUGGCAGAACUCGUGCCAGAUCGUUCACCAUUCGGCUCAAGGUCAGGGGAUAAUCGGCAAACUCCCAGAAGAGGUUCUCAAUCACCAUUUUUUUCCGCACUUGAUCGAUAGGAAUGGUCAAGCCAUAUAGUUCUAAUUAGGCCUUGUAUAACAGUGAGUUGUUAGCUUCCUGCUAAAUUGUAAAUAUGUGUAUUAUGUAUUACGUUCACCAGUAAAUAUAAGCUUAGUUUGCUGGCUUGUAUAGGUUAAUUCUUUUGUUGUAACCAUACGUAUAUUUUUAAGUGUGCAUUAUCAAUUUAUCAUCUCAAUGCCUUCAUUUGCA